AUGGACAUCGCCACAAAAGAGAAAACAGCCCAUCACGAAAUCUACAUGGUCGAUUCGGAUAGAGUAGGUAACCUGCUAAGCAAGAAAUCAUCAAUGGAGUUAGGUAUUGUGGAGAUUCAUGGUAAGAUUUUUAACAUUUCGGCAAAGGAAGAGCCUCCGAUCGGAAAAUUGAAAGGAGUGCAAGUGGAACUAAAAAUCAAUGCUGCCGUCAACCCGGUUCAACAACCAUGCCGGAGAUUACCGAUACCGCUUCAGAAGCAGGUCGAAGAAAAAUUAGAGGAUUUACUGCGUCAGGAUAUCAUAGAACCGGCUCCAUUGUAUAUUUCUUGGGCUUCGCCUUUGGUAGUAACACCUAAAACCAGUGGCAGAAGCGUACGGUUAUGCGUCGAUAUGCGACGAGCAAAUAAUGCCAUCAUGCCGGAACGUCAUCCUCUGCCAACUUUCGACGAAAUAAUGCCAUACCUUGAAGGAUAUGCCGAAAAAUGUUGUAAGGAGUGCAUUGAAUGUCAGUUGGUUGCACCUUGUGACAAGCCGGAACCUUUGCGAAUUGAAGAACUUCUCUAA